AUUCAUUCAGAGUGGGAAAGCGCCAGCCGAGCGGCCAGCCAGUGCGGAGCUGGCCAUGUAAGGCCCACAGGCGGUCCUGCCCGCCCGGUGCCCUGCGGAGAGCCUCGUGCAGCCCUGGGCACCGCCCCUGCCCUGUCCUGACCCCUUGGCCUCGAAAUGCUGUCAUCGGAGGAGCAGUCCCGCUCGGGACAAGGCCAGCAUGGACAAAGCUAGAGCUGGGGCAAGCAAGGAGUCUUCCUGUCCUCGAGGCCGUGGGAAGAGAAGCACGCCCAGGGGGCCACUCCUGAGAGCCUCUCUGUCCACCAGGCCUCUGCAGAGGGGUCACCAUGGCUCUGGCCCGAGGCAGCCGGCAGCUGGGGGCCCUGGUGUGGGGCGCCUGCCUGUGCGUGAUGGUGCACGGGCAGCAGGCGCCGCCCGGGCAGGGCUCGGACCCCCAGCGCUGGCGGCAGCUGAUUCAGUGGGAGAACAACGGGCAGGUGUACAGCUUGCUCAACUCGGGUUCAGAGUACGUGCCGGCCGGGCCUCAGCACUCCGAGAGUAGCUCCCGGGUGCUGCUGGCCGGCGCGCCCCAGGCCCAGCAGCGGCGCAGCCACGGGAGCCCCCGGCGUCGGCAGGCGCCGUCCCUGCCCCUGCCGGGGCGCGUGGGCUCGGACACCGUGCGCGGCCAGGCGCGGCACCCAUUUGGCUUCGGCCAGGUGCCCGACAACUGGCGCGAGGUGGCCGUCGGGGACAGCACGGGCAUGGCCCGGGCCCGCACCUCCGUCUCCCAGCAACGGCACGGGGGCUCCGCCUCCUCGGUCUCGGCUUCGGCCUUCGCCAGCACCUACCGCCAGCCGCCCUCCUAUCCGCAGCAGUUCCCCUACCCGCAGGCGCCCUUCGUCAGCCAGUACGAGAACUACGACCCCGCGUCGCGGACCUACGACCAGGGUUUCGUGUACUACCGGCCCGCGGGCGGCGGCAUGGGCGCGGGGGCGGCGGCCGUGGCCUCGGCAGGAGUGAUCUACCCCUACCAGCCCCGGGCGCGCUACGAGGAGUACGGCGGCGGCGAGGAGCUGCCCGAGUACCCGCCGCAGGGCUUCUACCCAGCCCCCGAGAGGCCCUAUGUGCCGCCGCCGCCGCCGCCACCGCCCCCCGACGGCCUGGACCGCCGCUACUCGCACAGCCUGUACAGCGAGGGCACCACCGGCUUCGAGCAGGCCUACCCCGACCCCGGCCCCGGCCCCGAGGCGGCGCAGGCCUACGGCGGAGACCCGCGCCUGGGCUGGUACCCGCCCUACGCCAACCCGCCGCCCGAGGCGUACGGGCCCCCGCGCGCGCUGGAGCCGCCCUACCUGCCCGUGCGCAGCUCCGACGCGCCCCCGUCGGGUGGGGAGCGGAACGGCGCGCAGCAGGGCCGCCUCAGCGUGGGCAGCGUGUACCGGCCCAACCAGAACGGCCGCGGUCUCCCUGACUUGGUCGCAGACCCCAACUAUGUGCAAGCAUCCACUUAUGUGCAGAGAGCCCACCUGUACUCCCUGCGCUGUGCUGCGGAGGAGAAGUGUCUGGCCAGCACAGCCUAUGCCCCUGAGGCCACUGACUACGAUGUGCGGGUGCUGCUGCGCUUCCCCCAGCGUGUGAAGAACCAGGGCACAGCGGACUUCCUCCCCAACCGGCCACGGCACACCUGGGAGUGGCACAGCUGCCACCAACAUUACCACAGCAUGGACGAGUUCAGCCACUACGAUCUACUGGAUGCAGCCACAGGCAAGAAGGUGGCUGAGGGCCACAAGGCCAGUUUCUGCCUGGAGGACAGCACCUGUGACUUCGGCAACCUCAAGCGCUAUGCAUGCACCUCUCAUACCCAGGGCCUGAGCCCAGGCUGCUAUGACACCUACAACGCAGAUAUCGACUGCCAGUGGAUUGACAUAACCGACGUGCAGCCUGGGAACUACAUCCUCAAGGUGCACGUGAACCCAAAGUAUAUUGUUUUAGAGUCUGACUUCACCAACAACGUGGUGAGAUGCAACAUUCACUACACAGGUCGCUACGUUUCUACAACAAACUGCAAAAUUGUCCAAUCCUGAUCUCUGGAAGGGACAGAUGGCCAAUCUCUCCCCUUCUAAAGCAGGCCCUGCUCCCCUGGCAGCCUCCCGCCGAGGGGCCCAGCCCCCAACCCACAGGCAGGGGCAUCCCUCCCUGCCGGCCUCAGGGAGCGAACGUGGAUGGAAACCACGGGGAUUCCGGAUGCCAGACCCCAUUUUAUACUUCACUUUUCUCUACAGCGUUGUUUUGUUGUUGUUGGUUUUUAUUUUUUAUACUUUGACCAUACCACAGAGCUAGAUUGCCCAGGUCUGGGCUGAAUAAAACAAGGUUUUUCUA